ACAUUAUAAUGUUACAACUUUUAAUUCUUAAACAUUUACUACAAACAUUCAAACAAUAAACAUUUAACAGCUUACAAUUUGAAUGACAUCUGUUCUUCUGUUCUAGAAGGAUGAGUACAAAAUGGAAAGUAUUCCACGUGGACUUUGUGUUAUCAUUAAUAAUGAGAACUUCAAAAACCCCAAAAAGUAUCGUGCAGGAUCCAAUUGUGAUGUUGUUUCUCUGCAGGAUGUGUUUAAAUUUUUGGGCUUUGAGGUGGAGGCCUACAAAGACUUGAAUGCAGAUGAAAUAAAAACUCUUAUGAUAAAAUACAGUAAGGAUGACCGUCAUGGAGACUGCUUUGUCUGCUGUGUGCUGAGUCAUGGAAACCAAUGUGGUAUCAUUGGUACAGAUGAAGAAACUUGUCCUCUGAGGGACAUCACAUCACCAUUUGAUGGAGACAACUGUUCCUUACUUAUUGACAAGCCAAAAGUGUUCUUCAUUCAGGCAUGCAGGGGUAGAGAGAUGCAGAGUAAAGUUACUGUUGAAGCAGAUGAUUUGAGUGGUGAACCUGACCAGGAAUUAGAGAAUGUAGUGGAUAAAUACACUAUUGCCGGUGGUUCUGAUUUUCUGACUGUCAUGUCUACGGUGGACGGAUUUUAUUCACUGCGAAAUUCAAUGAGUGGAUCAUGGUUCAUACAGACCCUUUGCAAGCAUUUAAAGGAUGGAAGCAAACAGGGUUGUGACAUCUUAAAGAUCCUCACUGAUGUCAAUGAUGAUGUAAGCAGAAAGGAGGCCACUGUUAGGAUUAAUAAGAAGAUAAUUGAAGCCAAGAUGGUUCCUGAGCCCCAUUUCACUUUGAGGAAAACUCUAAUUUUCAGAGUUCCUGAGGGUCGGUCUACUUAGAAGAAUGAUACCUCCAUCUGUUACCUUCACUUAAAGAAGUCAUCACCUAAAUGAAGAAUUACUUCUACUUUGCAUGAUGUUUCUUGAUUUACGCUGAUAUUUAUACAAUGUUAAAAGCGAGAAAAAUACUGGCUUAAUUAAGAUCCAUCUUAAGUUCAAUCACACAAAUUACCAUUUUCUUGAUCAUUUGUAAAACUUAUUCUUUUUAAACACAUUUUACAAAUAUUAAAUAUUGAUAAUAUUGGACAAACACCA